AUACACACAUAUAUCCACAUUUCCAUGAUUUACAGCGGUUUCCUAUCAUGUAAUGUAUCUUCAGUGUGUGUGCGAUGUCGCUAAAUUGUGUGUCGUAGGGAGGGAUUUUACGCUCUUCACUGAAGGGUAUUGCUAAGCACUUUGUAUCCCCAUUUAUUCAGGCAUUUAAGCUCAGAAAGUUUGCCAUUGGGCAUAGCAAAAGAAAGGAUCGGAACGAAAAGAAGCCUUCAUGGAUGGUGCCGAUCUCACAUGGAUUCCACGUAGUCGAGGAUAGAUCAUCGAUAGGUGAAGCAAAUGAGCUAGACUCAGACUCGAUUGUGGUGCAAAGAGAAGAAAACAAAGGACAGGAGUUGUGGUUCUUCAGCGUUUUUGAUGCUCAGAUAGGAGAUCGGGUUACCAAGUACAUGCAGUCCCAUCUAUUUGAUAAGAAGCCCCCAGAGUCUGAAAUGAGGAGGAAGGCCAAAGAAACAAUAAGAAAGGCUUAUCUUGGCGUGCGAGCAAAGAUCAGGGAAACCACUAAGCGUGAUGAUAUGUGGAGAGUGGGUUGUGCAUCUGCCAUUGUCAUCAAUGGAGAGAAGCUGGUACUGGCUCAUAUGGGUGAGUAUAGAGCUAUUGUGUGUAAAGAUGGUGAGGCUCACCAAGUAGGCCGAAAACAUAAGCAGACAAGUAAGCGAAAUUGGUCUCACAAAUUGUUCUCAGGUGCUAAGAUGUCCAAGUUACGCUUCGUAGACAACUCAGGAGGAACAAGGUCAUCUAAAAGCUUUGAACCUCUGGUUUCAACUGAAAAAAUAGACUCUGAUACUGAAUUUGUUGUCUUGGCAAGUACUGGCAUAUGGGAGGUGAUGAAGCAUCAAGAGGUUGUAAAUCUUAUUAGGCACCUAGAUGACCCGCAAGAAGCUGCUGAGUGCUUAGCAAAGGAGGCUUUAGUAAGAAUGAGCAAAAGCAAAAUUUCCUGUUUAAUAAUUCGAUUCGAGUGAUCUCACGUAUCACAUGUGACUAUUAAGAGAAGCCAGACCACAAGAAUGACAAAGUAUUAGUACAAUGAAUAUUUUCAGAUAAAUUCAAGACAUAAUAUGAAGCAUCGUGUAUUCUCAUCUGGGAUAGUUGCAGUGCAAAAUCAAUGUAUGUUAACUAAACUGUAUAUUUAUUAUUUACAUCUUGGGAGGCAGGGGAUAUGUAAAAAAUAUCCAUUUUAUUAAU